AUGCCACCACCUCCAUUUGCAUCAACAAUUACAAUAUGUGGUACAUUUGAUACAUCUGAUAAAUGUGUUAGUCAAGGUCAACAAUCAAAUUCAAAUAAUAAACAUCAAUCAUCUUCGCUUGUUACUGCAAAUUGUUCAGCAACAAAUUCAACAACAUCAUCAUCAACAGAUAUUAAUAGUUUACUUGAAGAAAUCAAAGUUUUACGUGAAAAACUUUCAUUUAUGGACAAAUAUAAUCGUCGUUUAUUACUAACAUCUCCUGAUAUUGCUGUUGCUGUUAUGAUUUAUAAAGUGAGACGUUUACAAAACAAUAAAGAUAUUGAUUCACUUUGUAAAUUAUUUAAUGCUUUAUUCAUGAAUCUUUUCCCAAAGAGUAUGAAAGCUGUUCAACAGCAGCUUCAUCCAGGUUUUGAUCUAAAUAAAUUUUACAAAUUUUACAGAAUAUGUUCCAAUUGUGGUGCAUAUGAUUCAAAUUCUAUGUUUAAAUGUAUAUCUUGCAAUGAUACAUUAAUCUUCAAAUUUUAUUUAUGCUCUAUCAAACAACAAAUUCAACAAUUAUUAUCAAUGUUUGGUUUUUUCCCUAAAUUAAAAGAAGAGAAACUUAAUAAUAUUUAUUUAUUCUCAAGUACUAAAUAUGGAGAAAUUCUCCGAGAAAUAGAAGAUAAUGCGUUUACAUUGAUGAUUAAUCUUGAUGGAGUAACUACUGGAAAUAAUAAUUUAUCAUUAUGGCCAUUUACAGUGGCGGGCCGGACACCGCUCUUUUGGCGCCACCUGAGCUGGACAAGAAUUUUUAUAAAUGAACUUGAUCAACGAGCAGUUCUUCAUUUUUACAAUAUAGCAAGUUGUUCAAAUAAACCAGCUGAAGCAUUACUGGCAAAUGUCGUUCCAUACAAUGCUGAAUACGGAUGUCCAAAAUGUUUUCAUGCUGGUUCUUGUCCAUUAGUCAAAUUAAAAUAUUUUCAUUAUGGAACGUCUUUUCUCACGGAUUCUCUUCAUACAAUAUAUGCUGGUGCAUUCAAGCAGCUUUUGAAACUUUUAUUCCAUUCAGAAUACCGAAAUGAAUCUUGGUCUUUAUUUGAGAAAAUAACACAAAUAGAUAAAUCGUUAACAUUGGUACAAACACCAUCAACAACGCAACGUAGAUUUCGUUCAUUAAAAAUUAUUAAUAAAUAUAAAGGAAGUGAAUAUCGAUGUUUAUUUCAUUUUGGUUUAACAAGUCUUGUUCGACAUAUUAAUGAUAUUCGAUUGAAAAAUCUAUUAUUUUCAUUGGUAGCAGCAAUUAAUCUUGCAUCUUCGAAUUAUGUAACAGAUGAAACUAUUGAAAUUGUUGAAAAAUUAUUACAUUAUUUCGUUCAAUGUUUUCAAGAAAUAUUUGGUAUGCGUCAUAUGAGUUCGAAUAUUCAUUCUUUAUUACAUGUACAUCAAGAUUUAAACGUCAAUAUGCUUUGGAAUAUACAACGAUUUACAGCUUAA